AUGGGUAAAGGCUCUCUCUUUAGAGGGGAUCCUGUUGGUUUCCGCUUAGAGUCUGAGGAUGAAGAGGAGAAGGAGGAGGAGCUGCUGAUGGACAUGGAAACCUACGAUGAGGACGUUGCUGAGGCGAUGCAGCUGCAGAGCAGGGCCAUGCGUUCUCCCCGUCGCUGUAUCCCCCACCAGCAGUCCUGUCUGGGCAACACGCUGCCCUGCUGCGACCCCUGCGAUACCCGUUACCCCCGAAUGUUCGGCUCCAUCUGCUACUGCCGUCGGACGGCCUGCGCCGGCGCUCACCCGCGUCCCUAAAACACUCCUAGAAAACCCUCUACGGCCCCCUCCUCUCACGGUGGGGCCCCUUUCUCUGCCAGGCUACAGUCAGUAUCUAAUCCAUAUCCGCAAGGCUUGAUUGUACGAGCACGCAAACACAGACUAUACAUCCCAGGAUGCAUCAGUGAGAGCGGCCAAUAGGACACUCUCGUUGGGUUGUAUUUUCUUCUUGAUGUUACCUCUGGUUGUGUUUUAUUUUUAUUUUUUUUUUCCCGAUAGGUUAGAUGGAUGUUACGUUGGGUGUACAUUUAUCGUUCAAUGAAAAUCGAAAGACAAAUCAAUCUCUAAAAAGGAAAUAUAAUUGUCUAAAAAAACAAAU